AUGACGCCUUUGAUGCCUCAAAACCAGAAAAGAAGAUCCCAGGCGAGUGACACAUAUGCCUUGGGAACAACUCUGCCCCGGAAGUACAAGGCACACGCUCGUGAUCCAUGGAAUACAUGGGAGCUCCUAGUCAUAUCAGGAAGCAUGGUCUCUCUGCUUUACAUCUGGCUGUAUUCCCAGAGCUUCCAUUUCCAUGUGGCACAUCUUUAUGCUCACUUGGGGUACCCCAGUGCCCAGCAUAUUGUUGGCCAGAGAUACCUGAAAGGAGCUGGUGUGGUGAAGGAUCAAGAGAUGGCAAUGCACUGGUUUAGACAAGCCUCCCAGCAGGACCAUCCUCAUGGUUCCUUUAACCUUGCAGUCGGAAAACUGAAAAACAUGACUGGAUCCAUGGCAGUAGGGGACAUAGAGAUGCUCCUUCAUGUUGCUGCAAGACAGGGGAUCCAAGAGGCCCAGGAAAUUCUGGAGAAUAUUAUUUGGACUAAAAGCAAGCCCUUGCAAACUAAAAGUGUGGGGAGUUUUUUAUAA